UGACUUCAUUUAGGGCAACAAAUGUAGUUCGGGAAAAUUUUAUGCCAACUUUCAAGAUACAAGGCCAAAUAUAUCACAGAGCAGGUUCACUGUUACCAGUGUCAGAUAGCAACAACAAAUUCCUGCAAAUUUAUUUUAUGGGCAAUUCACCACAAGAAAUUGAUCUGCGUUGUGCGCAUAACAAUUUAGUAAAGAGGUCUAUUAUAGAACAAUUACAAACUUUAUUUCAUGAGCACAAUCAAUUGAUUCUAUUGUUUAAAACUGCACUAGAUCUGAUGCCAUCUGAUAAUCACAAAAUUGUAAUCAGAGCUGAUAAAACACCUGCGGGUCAACAUGCAAGACGUUUUAAUGCACCAACUAUUGAUGAAGUUGCUAUUGUUGUAGUUGGAGAAGACUUGGAAUCCCGUUAUAUUGUUUUACACCGUCGGAAUGAUCAAUUACAACAUAUAAAAUAAACGCACCGCUCAUAUGAUGCACUACAAUAUCCCAUUAUAUUUUGGAAAGGUGAAGAUGGCUAUGAUUUCUCAAUAAAAAUGAUAAAUCCCAUUACAGGUUCUGAAACCAACAAAAAAGUCAGUUCAAUGAACUAUUAUUCAUACCGCCUAAUGAUUCGGGAAAAUGAAGACAAUCACAUACUGAAAUGUCGGCGUUUAUAUCACAAAUAUGUUGUUAAAAUUGAAACGGAGAGAUUAACAUUUAUCAGGUUGAAUCAAACCAAACUGCGAUCUGAAGAGUACAUUCCCCUUCGAGAUGCGAGCAAUACUGAUGGAAAUGCACAGAAUGUUGGUCGGAUGACUAUUCUUCCAGCAACAUACAUCGGAAGCCCUCGGCAUAUGCACGAAUAUGCUCAAGAUGCCAUGUCGUAUGUUCGUCAUUAUGGUACAGCAGAUUUAUUCAUCACAUUUACAUGCAAUCCGCACUGGAUAGAAAUCAAGCAGGAGUUAUUCCCUGGGCAAUCACCCAUUGACCGUCAUGAUAUUACAGCCAGAGUCUUUAGACAAAAGUUGAAAUCUUUAAUGGAUUUCAUUGUAAAACAUUAUAUGUGUUUGGUGAGACACGCUGCUGGAUGGAUGUAUUCUGUAGAGUGGCAGAUACGAGGAUUGCCACAUGCACACAUUUUGAUUUGGUUAGUUGAAAAGAUAAGGCCAAAUGAAGUUGAUGCAGUGAUAUCAGCUGAAAUUCCUGAUGUACAAGUAGAUCCUGGAUUGCAUGAGGUAGUUAUCAAAAACAUGAUACAUGGUCCCUGUGGAACUCUUAAUCAAAAUUCACCGUGUAUGAUGGAUGGUAAAUGUUCAAAACGAUAUCCACGGACAUUAAUAUCGGAAACAAUUACUGGUAAUGACGGUUAUCCACUUUAUCGUCGCCGAUCGACAGCAGACAAUGGAAGAUCAACAAUUAUCAAAUUAAACCAACAAGAUAUUGAAAUAGAUAAUCGUUGGAUUGUUCCAUAUUCACCCAUUUUAUCAAAGACCUUCAAAGCACACAUCAACGUUGAAUCUUGCCAUUCAGUGAAAUCUAUUAAAUACAUUUGCAAAUAUGUAACCAAAGGGAGUGAUAUGGCUGUGAUUGGAAUUGGUGCAGAGAAUUCCAAUGAUUAAGUUACCCAAUACCAAAUGGGCCGCUAUGUUAGUAGUAAUGAAGCAGUUUGGCGAAUAUUUUCUUUUCCUAUUCAUGAGAGACAUCCUACUGUUGUUCACUUAGCUGUGCAUUUAGAAAAUGGACAAAGAGUGUAUUUUACAGCACAGAACUCAGUACAAAGAGCUGCUCAGCCACCAUCUACUACAUUAACCAGUUUUUUUGAGACAUGCCAAAACGAUAAUUUUUCACAAACAUUGCUAUAUUCCGAAAUGCCAAAAUAUUAUACUUGGAAUCAGUCCUCAAGGAGAUUUAUACGACUUAAACAAGGAAAUCCAGUUCCAGGAUACCCAGGUGUGUAUUCCACCGAUACGAUUGGUCGAAUUUAUUCAGUACAUCCAAGCAAUGAUGAAUGUUUUUAUUUACGACUACUAUUAGUCAAUGUACGUGGCCCAACAUCAUUCCAACAUUUACGAACUGUUGAUGAUGAAUUGUGUGGAUCUUACAGAGAAGCCUGCCAACGUUUGCAAUUGCUAGAAAAUGACGCUCAUUGGGAACAAACUCUCAAAGAUGCUGUAAUAUCAUCACACGCUCAUCAAAUACGAACAUUAUUUUCUAUAAUCAUAUCAACAUGCUUCCCAUCAAACCCAAUUGAUUUGUGGAACAAGUAAAAAGAUUAUAUGUAUGAUGAUAUUUUGUAUCAAAUACGCAAUAGAAUGGGAAAUCCAAAUAUACAAAUCAGUGAAGAAAUUUACAACGAAACAUUGAUUUCAAUUGAGGACAUCUGCUUGAUGAUGUCAAACAAACUAUUAAUUCAGUUAGGCCUGGCCGCGCCCAAUCGUCCAAUGCAUGAUGCUUUUAACCAAGAGUUGCACCGAGAAAAACUGUAUGAUCUCAACUCUUUGAAACAAUUAAUUCAAAUAAAUCUUCCACUGUUGAAUGAACAACAGAAGUAUGUAUAUCAUACUCUUAUGAAAGUAACAAAUGAUGAAACUGGAGGGAUUUACUUCUUAGAUGCACCUGAUGGUACGGGAAAAACUUUUUUGAUUUCAUUAAUAUUAGCAACAAUCCGCUCACAAAAAUAAAAUUGCACUUGCACUCGCUUCGUCGGGAAUCGCAGCAACUUUGCUUGAAGGUGGUCGAACAGCCCAUUCAGCACUAAAAUUGCCAUUAAAUAUGCAAAGCAAUGAAACUCCAACCUGCAACAUUUCGAAAAACUCUGCAAUGGCAAAGGUUUUGCAAUAAUGUCAAUUGAUUGUUUGGGAUGAAUGCACGAUGGCACAUAAAAAAUCUUUGGAGGCUUUAGACAGAACCUUAAAAGAUCUACGAAGCAAUCAUAACCGAUUUGGUGGUGCAAUGAUUUUACUAGCAGGAGAUUUUCGUCAAACACUGCCAGUGAUUCCACGUUCAACGCCAGCUGAUGAACUCAAUGCAUGUCUAAAGGCCUCCAAUUUGUGGAAACAUAUCAAAGUACUUCAUUUAAGCAAGAAUAUGCGUGUCGAGUUGCAAAAUGACCAAUCAGGAAACAUAUUCUCUAAACAACUCAUUGACAUUGGUAAUGGCAAAGUUCCUAUAGACAUCUUGACUGGCUGCAUUAACUUUCCUCAAAGUUUUUGUCAGUUAACUCGAUCAAAAGAUGAACUUAUUGAGAAGGUGUUUCCAGAUGUUUCUAAAAAUUACAGAAACCAUAAUUGGUUGAGCGAACGAGCUAUAUUGGCUGCAAAAAAACAUAGAUGUAAAUGAAUUAAAUUUCAAAAUUCAAGAACAAAUUACAGGCGAAUCCAGGAUAUAUAAAUCAGUUGAUUCGGCUACUAACCAAGAUGAUGUAAUCAACUAUCCACCGGAAUUUUUAAACUCGCUGGAUUUGCCAGGAUUGCCACCUCACAAUCUUCAAUUAAAGAAUGGAUCGGUAGUUAUAAUGUUGCGAAAUAUCAACCAACCGCGUCUUUGCAACGGCACACGGUUAGCGAUAAAAAAAUUACUAAACAACGUGAUAGAAGCAACUAUACUGAAAGGAAAGUAUAAAGGAGAAGAUGUACUCAUACCGCGCAUCCCAAUGAUUCCGACUGAUGUGCCAUUUGAAUUUAAAAGACUACAGUUUCCAGUGCGGCUUGCUUUUGCUAUGACCAUAAACAAGUCCCAGGGGCAAUCAUUAAGUGUUUAUGGUAUUAAUCAGGAAAACCCAUGUUUCUCCCAUGAUCAGUUGCAUGUUGCCUGUUCCCGUGUUGGAAAACCAUCAGAUUUAUUUGUCCAUGCGCCAGGGAAUCAAACAAAAAAUAUUGUAUAUCAUAAAGCACUACAAUGAAAAUAAAACUUAUUUUUGUUAAUGAUUAUGAUGAUUAACAAUAAAGCGAUUGCUUAGUUUUAAAUGCUUAUAUCUGUUUUAUUUAAUAAUUAUUUUUUAUUCACAACAGGGUGAAGGCCCUAUCAACAGGGUGAAGGUUCUGUUCAGGAGAAUUUUUGCCCCGACAAUAAAAUAGAUAGGAACAAAAAACUGUCAUAUUACAAAUCUUUUUGACAGAACGAAGUCUGUCGG